GCAACUGCUCUCCACAGUGAUCCGGGCUCAAAAGCCUCGAACGCUUCACUACCAGUGACGACGUCCCCACCCGUCGUUAUGCCUCCGGAGACCAUUCUCAGAAGUUUGGCGCAGGAGAUCAGGGAAGAGCUGAAGGAAACAGAGCACCAGGGUGUUGUCGCGCUGAUC